GUAAUGGGGGUAAAACCUGAUGGAAGUGUUGUUUCAUGAAUGUACUCACUUUCAUAUAAACCAGGUGGCCACAGCCCCAGUUUCCAGAUUUUUUUCUCCUACAAAAAGAAGUGAUACAUACAAAUACAUCUCGAGUGCCAAUGGCCGUUUAGUGUUUCAUUAACUUGCAAGAUUCCAUUAAUCCGAAGGCAGUUUAUUUGAAGGAGCUCACUUCUUGCUUUUCCUGCUGUUUAUUACUCCUUCAAACAGUCGAAAUACUCUCUUCCCAUCUCCUCUGCAUGUGGAGGCUGAAAAACUAAAAAAAAUAAAAUAAAAUAAAAUAAAAUAAAAAAUUAAAAAUGGCUGAUUGUAGCUUGGGUAGAAAAAACCUAAAAUGUCCUGAAUGUUCUAGUAAUUCCCAACCAGACAGGAUUAAUACAUGUCGCUGCAAAAGAAAGGAUGGUUCUGGUCCUAUCAUUUCUGUGGUAGAGACGCCCCAAACUUCGGUCAUCAACAGUGUUGAAUUUCCAAUUGCAGUGAACAACAAAAAUAAGAAUUUAAGUAUGGAAAACAACACGAUAAAAGAAGCUGUCACCUUUGAACGUACAUUGGAAGAGUCACCAAUCCUCUCUCCAUCUCUCUCCACACUUCCAACCCAGUGGUCAUCCCCAAGCUUAUCCCCAUCAAUGAUUUCACAAGCAUCUUUCCAUCCAAAGGAACAAUUCUCUAGCACUGGAGAGCCCUUAAGAACCUCAGACACAAUUGAGACAUGUAGAAAACUCUCACAACAGCAAUGGACUCGUGCCAGCUCGACAGAAGGAAAAAUUCCUCACAUGAGGAUGGAAGAUUGCACUGCUAUACAGCAAAUAUAUUCCUUUGGGAAAAAACUGGGACAAGGGAGUUUUGGAGUGGUCAUUGAAGUCAUACACAAGGAAACAGAUCUCAAGUGGGCCAUGAAGAAAGUGAACAAAGAAAAGGCUGGAAGCUCUGCUGUGAGAUUACUUGAACGGGAGGUGAGCAUCCUGAAAAGUGUGAACCAUGAACAUAUCAUUCAUCUAGAACGAGUGUUUGAAACACCCAAGCGGAUGUACCUUGUGAUGGAACUCUGUGAGGAUGGAGAACUUAAAGAAAUAUUGAACAGGAAAGGGCACUUCUCAGAGAAUGAGACGAGGCAGAUCAUUGAGGAUCUUGGGUCAGCUAUUGCAUAUCUUCAUAAAAAGGAUAUUGUUCAUAGAGACCUAAAGCUGGAAAAUAUUUUGGUUAAAAGCAGCUAUACUAAUGACAAAAAUGAGACCAACUUUAACAUAAAGGUGACUGAUUUUGGUUUAGCCGUGCAAAAAGAGGGUGGAUGUGAAGCCAUGUUGCAGGCAACUUGUGGAACUCCUAUUUAUAUGGCACCUGAAGUGAUCAAUGCCCAUGACUAUAGCCAACAGUGUGACAUCUGGAGCAUAGGUGUCAUUAUGUACAUGCUAUUAUGUGGAGAACCUCCUUUCUUUGCAAACUCAGAAGAGAAACUUUUUGAAUUAAUAAGAAAAGGGCAAUUACGCUUUGAAAAUAGUGUCUGGGAAUCUACAAGUGACCCUGCUAAAUACGUCUUGAAACAGCUUCUGAAAGUAGAUCCUGCCCACAGAAUAACAGCUAAAGAACUGCUUGAUAACCGGUGGAUAACAGGCAAUACACUGACUCCUGUGAGACCCACAAAUGUUCUGGAGCUGAUGAAGCAAUGGAAAAACCAGCCAGGAAGUGAUGAGGAUGACCUGGAGGACCUAAAGGAUGAUCUGGCUACCAAAAUACAGGUGUAUUCAAGGUUCCCACAAGAGGAAAGUGUCAAUGAUGAGAAUGUGGUUGAAGAUACAGAUGAUAGGAGUGGCAAAUCCCCUCUCCCAGUAAAGCAGGAAUCUCAUGAGGAUCAAAUGAAGGUCAGUAAGAAAAAAAAUAAUACAAAUACAUUAACAAAUGGGACAGUGAAGAAGAAAAAUGCAAACUUGAGGCCAUCUAGUAAUGUCUCUACUAGUGGAAAAACGGCCAGUCCAAAGCGGAAUAUGGACAAUUCCGAAAAUGCGUUCCCUCAGGUUUCCCCAUGCUCCAAAACAGUUACACCUUUAUCAAAGAUGGAGUUGGAUAAGUCCUCCAUGACCUCAAGCCCAGGAUUGUCCAAAAAAAACUACUCCAAACCCCCUGCCACAUCUAAAAUCAAAAAGAAAUCCUAAGGGAUCCUUUAGCUCUGUGCAGCACAGGGCCAGGGCUGUGAUUCCUUUUGGUGGAACAAGGGUAUAAGGGACAAAAUGGACAGGGCCACAUUGAGCCUCUUAGCUCUCCUCCAUCCUGUCAGGGCCGAAUUCUCUGUCUGUUGAAGCAUCAGCUUCAACCUGAAGCUCUUUCUCAAGCAGCGUGUACCCUGUUAACAAACACCCAUUCACAGCAGUGUUGGCAGAGCAGAGUUGUCACUGACUAGAGGUAUAUGUAAGUAUUUUUUUAGUCUAAGUCAGCAAGCCCCAUUAUGAGGGUUUCAUGAGCCUUUCUGCUCUGUUUUACCUAAGAUUCUUAAAUUUAGCCACAAAAAUUUAUAGGGAAAAAUAUGAGAGGGCAGAAUUGGUCCCUGGGGAUACCGCUACUUAUAUGCACUUUGCCCUGGAGGACUUUGCUAGGAAAAUGCUCAUCACCUUGCUCUGGGCGUACAGCACAAAGGCUCCAGUCACCACGUGUAUCAUUGCUCUUUUAGGUCAUCUUAGAUUAUAAACAACUCAUUUUAAACUCGGAAAA